AUGUCUGCUCAAGUGCUACCUAAGAAACGAUCUAAAGGAGACCACAGAAUCAAUAGUCACCGCAACUUGUCCUCAAAUCAUGCACACCAUCACCACAAUGCCUCUCGACUAACGCCCCAAUCUAACCGUGUCGUAUCUAGCAAUAACAACCAGAUUAUUGGCAGCGCGUCGGGUAGGAGGGUGAUACUGAAUAGAGUUGUCUCCCACACGAGACAUGUGAGUCGCAGUCUAGCUCAAGACGACUUGAGCAAUGAAUCAUUUGAAGAAGUUGGUAUUGGGUUUAAUGAAAACAAGCACCAAAUCUUGUCAAAUUUCGAAGAAUGGAUCAAAAUGUCGACGGAUAACAAGAUCAAUAUCAAAAACUCAUGGCAAUUUGCCUUGAUUGAUUAUUUCCACGAUUUGAAUGUCAUUAAAGAUGGUGACCAUAUCAAUUUCCAACGUGCUUCAGCAACGUUGGAUGGGUGUAUUAAGAUUUAUUCAAAUAGAAUAGAUUCUGCCGCUACGGAAACUGGGAAAUUGUUGAGUGGUUUAGCUUCAAAGCAGAACGAAAAGGCAAGAAAUGGUAACUCAGCUGGCAGUGGUAUUGGUGCCAAUGGCGAUGAUCUAGAUGGUGAUGGCGAAGUGAUAGAUGGCGAACGAGUAGCGUCAGAUAACGAGGAUGACAAUGAAGAUGGCGCUAAAAAGAGGCGUAAAGUGAACAAAGUUGUUGAAUCGACUCUCGUCGACUUUGACACCAUACGGAUAAAGAAAUUGGAUCAAGAGUUGGCAAUAGAUCCAUUGUUUAAGAAGGCACUUGCUGAGUUUGACGAAGGAGGUGCUAAAAGCCUAUUGCUAAAUACAUUGAGUAUAGACGCAUCGGGUAGAGUCGUCUUUGAUGCGACUUCCACCGGAAGUGCUCAAGAACUGCAGGCUUCACAAGGCAUCACGGUUCAUGACGGGCAUGAUGCAGAUGAUGAUGCAGAUGAUGUUGAUGAUGAUGUUGAUGAUGCAGAAGUUGACAUAUCGGAUCUAGGGCAGAUUUUGUUUGAUGAUCAUUUACCAAUCGAAGAAAAAACAAUUUGUCCCUCUCUAAAUGAGUUCAAAUCGGCCGUGGAUGACUUGCAUAAAGCCAAAAGCAUACUUAACGAUUUCAACACACGAAUGAAUGACGUUCAAGAUAUUGAGAUGGAACAAAAUGAAUUUGACAUGGAUAACGAUUUCCAAUUUGACGAUUUUGGUGAUCAAGAUGGUCUGGAUCUUCAGUCCAAUGACAACGAUUUACUCAACCAUGUUAAUGAAAGUGUUAUGCAAAAAUUAUUCGAAGAGACGUCCGACAAGUACACUCCAGCUAAAACUAAUACGGCAUUGUUGGAUGAAGACUUGAUGAAUUAUUUUGAUGAAAAAUUAAAGAUUAGUUGGGCGGGACCUGAACAUUGGAAAGUGUCUGCUUUCAAGAAAGCCAACAACAUUGACCAAUUUGCCAAGGAGAAAAAACCGGAUAUCACGGCUCCUAAAAAGAAGAAGGAUUUCUCCACUAUUGAUUUCUUUAGCACGGAGAAUGCAGAUGAAGAUCUACUAUUCAAACUGCACAAGGACCCCAAUUUCAUUAACUUGAAAUCAGUCAACAUCUAUGAAGUAUAUGACGCUGACACCUUUGAGGAAAUUAAGGAACAGAAUCUUUUACCGGAUGAUAUCAGGUUUACCUCUUCGAGACUAGUCAGUCUAAUUCAAAAACCAAAUACACCAAUAAUGUAUUUCCCCAGGGCCCCAAUAGCAGCGUAUGACACCAAAGAUCAGAGCAAGUUAACCGACUCGAAUUUCUUUGCUGAACAAUAUCAAGCAAGAGAAUUACAGGAACAACAAGAAACAGCCGAUGAUAGAGAACGAUUGGCACACUCAUUCCACCAGGCAGAAUACGAAGAUUUUGACAACGAUUACGAUGGCAUCGAUUUCAACGAUGCUCUUGAAGAUGUACCUCCUGAUAAUGGUGGAGUUGGCCGACAACAGGAACCCCAUGCAUUGAGUCCAACUCGGGAAUCCCAAUUCAAUUCUCAACCAGCAACUGCUGAGGGUGUCAUUGGUAAACGAAGAACAGAAUUUGUCAAUUUCUCACGAGUUGCGAAAAGAGUUGAUAUCAAGCUUUUGAAAGAUAAUAUCUGGAAAGCUAUACUUGACGGCGUAGCUUCCGGGUCCAAUGCCACUGAUAAUGAUAAACUGGACGACGGAGAUCAGCAACUUCGAAGAAUCAAAUUCAACCAAGUUAUUAAAAAAGUUAAAACCAUGUACACCCCAGAGCAAGUCAAGGAACUUUCAACUAGUUUUUGCUUUAUUUGUGUUUUACAUUUGGCAAAUGAGCAUGGGUUGACUAUAGAGGGUAAUGAGUCCAACGAUAACUUGGAAAUUAUAGGGGUAUAA